AUGAAAGUCAUUAUUUGUAUAUUGCAACAUGAAAUUGAGGUAGAAGUGGGACACCAAGAACAAAUUAUUGAAAUCAAAAGGAAGAUAGAACAACACUUGGGCAUUGCAAUGAGUUCACAAACUCUUUCCAUACUUGGAUGGGAGUUAUUUGAUGAACUAUACAUGAAAGACUAUCCAAUCAUCACCGAAGGAACAAGAAUUGAUCUCACCAUACAAUGCAUGGAACAACCUCCACAUCAUCCUAUUCUAAGCCAACCCAAUAAGAUUCAAAUUCUUGUAAAGCUUUCAUCUAGACAACAUCACAUGGAAGUGGACAGAGCAGAGAUUGUUCAUAGCCUCAAAGAGAAAAUCCACAUCAUUGAUGGAACACCUAUGAAAAGAAUGUCACUCUUCUUUUCAGGAACAGAAUUAGAAGAUGAUUUUUGCAAGCUAAGCGAGUAUGGAGUAUGCGAGUUCUCUGAGAUUAUUGUGCUGCGCAAGUCUGCAAAUAGCCUAAGAGAUGAUGGUGAUGAUGAGCUUCCUUCAAGAAGAUUGAGCAUAGUGGUGCAAACUUCAUCGAGUUUGCUUAAUGCUGCAUGCAUUCCUUUGAAGAUGAGUGACUCUAGCACUGUUAAUGAGUUGAGGGAACUGCUUUUGAGUGGGAAAAUUCUUCCUUUGGAUGAUUAUUUGUUCAUACACAAACAAAGGAUCAUGCGUGAUUGUUCUAGCUUAAGGUGGCAUGGAGUUGAAGAUGGAGAUUUCUUAUAUGUAUUUAAGGGAACUGUCACUCGUGGUGAAUCUUCUUCAUUCUGA